CUAUCAUUUCAUCUGAAUCCUGGCAGAUCAUGCACGCCAAUCUUUACUCCCGCCUCGCCCAAGGAAGCACUCAAGCACUAUCAACAGUCGCAGCAUAUCAAGCAAAUUAUCUCGCUACUGGCUUCUGGGGGCUUCUCGUUUCCUCCAUGUUUGAUCGCCCCUACUUUAUUCAUUGUGCGGAACUGAUUUUCUUCAAGAUUGCUAGGAUGCUCCUACGUACAAUCUUACAAUUAUUUCCACAACUACAACGACAGGUGGUAUUUGAAAACAAUAGUAAUAAUCAUGUUUAUCAUCUGCACGAUGUCGUGGGCUUUUUUUGCGAAGACAUCUUAUUUCUAUCUAGUAAUACUUGCUAUCACUUUUCUACUCUUAUACUAAAAAAUUAUUUCAGAUACAAAAUUAUGACGACCCAUCCGAUCUGUCUGCCCUGCUAUGGUACUUGGACUUUUCCAACGUGGUCUCUUACUAAAAUUAUCUGUAUUAGGGAGUAUAGUGCAGAGACUGCGGUGGCAUAUGUGAUCCAAACUCUUGCACAGCUUUUCUUCGCGCACCAAAUUUAUUCUGUCAGCAGCAAGAAAUGGAGCUGGAUGGUAGCAUCCUUGAUAGUUCUGCUCGCGUUCACGGGACUCGUCUGCGGGUUGGCGUUGACGGUGCUCUUGGCAACACAUACCGCCCUUGAUUAUGCCGAAACCAGACCAAUCGUCAUAUUGGCCGAUGUCUGUAUGGUCAUUCCAACCGCUUGUGACGUAACUGCAACAAUUGCGAUGUGGUACUUCCUUGACUUAGCUGGAAGAGGCGGAAACAAGAUGAAAUAUACCAUCAAGUCCCUAAAAUUCUUGGUCCUCAACCGUGGCCUACUUCUUGUAUCGAUGCAAUGUGCCAUGCUCAUAUUGUGGAUUGUGGCGGAGGAUGCUUGGUAUUGGUUACCUUUCCACAUGAACAUGGUCAAUAUAUACUUUAACACUACUUUGGUGAUGUUAAAUGAGCGGAUCAGCAUACGAGAGAAGGAGGAGAGGAUCAAUGCAGUGUCUUUCCAGGUGGCCAGUCACAACUCGUUCUCGCUGCGAUUUAAUCCCGUGAAUUCUUAUUUGCCGCAAAAUAUGACACAACUUGAAACCACGGAGAGAAGUCACGCUAGUGACCAAUCGAGCGCUUCAAGCUUCGUCCCUGGAGUCGAAGUAUCCGAGUCCACUCUUGAGGUACAUGAGAGCCAUGCGAUAGCCGGAAGGCGGGUGUCCUCGAAGGAAACUUGAUCUUUGCUCGUGUAACAUGUGUGCAGCUUCUCUUUUGUAAGUUAGAUGAAUAUAUAUAUAUAACAGACUGGCGAAUUUUUA